AUGCAGCAUGUUCCAGUGUUCGGCUACCCCACUCCACCAGCCUCGCCAGCUUUCGGCCACCCCAUCUCGACAUAUCGCUUCGCCCCGGCGGCCCCUGAGGAGAGGUUAGGAAGAUUCAUCACCAGCUCGCUCCAGCUGACGGGCAUCGUGGGCACUGGCGCGUACGGCGUGGUCUACUCGGCCGUCGACACCAAGUCCAACGUGCGCUAUGCCGUCAAGUGCCUGAGCAAGUUCAACCCGGACGGGACACCACUGGACCGCCGCCAAGUCACCUUCCAGACCCAGGAGAUCAAGCUGCACUACACCGCGUCCAGUCACCGCAAUGUGGUCUCUAUCCUGAAGAUCAUCGACUACCCGGACUGCAUUUACGUUAUCUUGGAGUACUGCCCCGAAGGUGACUUGUUUUAUAACAUCACCGAGCUCGGGCAGUAUGUGGGUAAGGACGAGCUGGCCAAGAAGGUCUUCCUCCAGAUCCUGGAUGCCGUGGGACACUGUCACAGCCUGGGCAUCUACCACCGGGACCUGAAGCCGGAGAAUGUGCUCGUCUCGGACCAGGGCGAGACUGUCAAGCUGGCAGACUUCGGCCUUGCUACGUCCUCUGAGCGAUCCGAAGAGUACGGUUGCGGCUCCACUUUUUACAUGUCUCCAGAAUGUCUGGACCCCUCAUCAAGGAGGCCGUUUUACUACUGCGCACCAAACGAUGUUUGGAGCUUGGGAGUCAUCCUGGUGAACCUCACCUGUGGACGCAACCCAUGGAAGCAGGCAUCCUACGAGGACUCCACUUAUGGUGCUUACACCAAAAGCCGGGACUUCUUGAAGACCAUCCUCCCAGUGUCGGAUGAACUGAACGACAUACUGGGAAGGAUCUUUACCCGGAACCCGGAUGAGAGGAUCACGCUUCCUGAGCUGCGCGCUCGGAUCUCUGCCUGCUCCCGCUUCACCGAAAACUCGACAGCUCAGCUGCCGACGCCGCCUGCAUCGCCGGGCCACACCACUUACGUUUGCGAGGAAUCUACCAUGGACGACGAGUACGACUACGAGCACGAUGCGCCACUCUCGCCCACCUCCUCGGAUGGGGACUCGUACUCGUCCGACGAAGAAGGAUCCCUCACCUCGACCUGCCCCAGCGUCGACGACCUAGAAGAGGACGACUUGUUUGAGGACGUGCCGGAGGCCAAGACGCCCCCACCCCAGGCACAAGCACCACCGGUAGAGCCGGCCAUCUACGAAGCUGAGGAGCCGAGGAUGAUGCCGUUCCAGCAGCACCAUCAACUCCCGCCGCAGGAGUACAUGCACCCCUACCACCCCAUGGCCGGCCCGCACCCAGCCCAAGGCAUGCCCAUGCCCGCCCAGGCCUGCGCACCGCCCUCCAAGUUCCCGCUGCAUCAAUAUGUCUGCGACGUCUUGAGGUAUGCGCAGCCGACGCCGCUGAUGCCACAGCUACACCAUCCGGUUCCGUUUCACCAGCAGGUGCUUCCGCUGUUCCACAUGCAGGGGUGCUACUAA